UACAGCCAGGUGCUAAUGAUGGGAAAGAGAGAAGUCGAGUUGUAAAGGUGGUCGGGUGCCCGGUAAUAUCACGCAGUUGUUGACAACGUCAACUCCGUUUGUUCUACGUUUAGACGGUGACAAUCAUCAGUUUACGCCGUAAGCGUCGAUGUAACGGGUCAGUUCGCUGUACUCAUGAGAGUAAACCUGUACUUCAGGCAUGUGACUGAACCUGAUAUGGCGGGUAAUGCAAUUUUGAACAAUUUUCUUCAGAAGUGAAUCUGGAUGUGCGGAUCAUGGCUGUAAAACAAGAAACGUGCAAACAUCUCUAGGGUCAUUUUUUUUCAUCACUUUCUGCUGAGACAAGCAUCCUUUCAUUUUCCCCAAGGUUAAGGAUUUGGAUUUGCAUCAAAAUGAGAGUAAAGUAUUCAAAGUUACUUAUUUUAGCAUUAGUUAGCAGCCUUUGCCUUGUCGUCUUCUAUUCAAAGCUGAAGGAUGCCAUGCACACUCAAAGAGACAUGAUCAAAAACCAAUCGAUCACAGCGGACACCCAUAGAAAACCCACAACAGCGGACACCCAUAGAAAACCCAGGACUACUACAGUGAAACCCAUCAUUAAAAAGAAAAGCAAAAACAACACACCGCUUAAACUUCCGCAGCUCACUAUUUCUGAGGAUUUCAUAAAGUUCAUUCCGAAAAAUGGAGCCUUCUGGAACAGAAAACUUCAUUCUCUACUCAGGCAGUUUGAUGUUGCCCAAAAUCAAACACAUGAGGACCCACGUCACUGGUUUCGUUGUCAGCCCGAGAGUUUUGAGUUAUUGCAAACAAACAUUCAAGAUAUUCAGUCAUACCCCCUACUCUAUAGAGAGUUUCUCAAAGGCAUGGAAUGUCGAGAUCCACCCGUAGUUAUUGACCAGCCCACAAAGUGUGAGUCUGGGAAUGAAGCGGAGCAGGUUUUCCUUUUGUUUGCAAUUAAAUCCUCCCUUAACCACUUCGAGAGGCGUCAGGCUGUUCGAGAGACCUGGGGACGGGAAGGCUUGUAUGACAAUGGAGUGCAGGUGCGAACGGUCUUUCUGCUCGGCCAAUCAUUAGAGGAUGAUCCCAAUCUCGACAAACUGAUUUCACUGGAAGCUCAGCAGUUUCAAGACCUUCUCGUCUGGGACUUUCAAGACUCAUUUUAUAACCUGACGCUAAAAGAGCACGUGUUCUUCAAAUGGAUGCUUGAUAAUUGUCCUCAAGUGUCUUUCGUAUUUAAGGGUGAUGAUGAUGUUUUUGCCAAUACUCAAGCGAUACUGAAUCAUUUGCAUUCUUUAGAACCUGAGCAGGCAUCGUCAUUGUACGCGGGGCAAAUUAUUUUUGAUGCCACUCCUUUACGUGACCAAAACAUCAAAUAUUAUGUACCUCAGACUUUUUAUGAGGGUCCUUACCCUCCUUAUGCCGGUGGUGGUGGCUUUCUCUUUUCUGGAAACCUUCUCCCGUAUCUUUACCAUGUUUCCUUCUACAUACCGUUUUUCCCUAUUGAUGAUGUCUACACGGGAAUGUGCUUUAAAGCACUUGGAAUCACUCCAGUCAAACACAGUGGUUUCCAGACGUUUGACAUUCGGGAACAAGAUCGAGAGAAUGCAUGUGUACACAAAGACCUGCUCCUGGUGCACCAACGUACCCCACAGCAGACCAUGAGACUGUGGAGGAACAUGCAUAGCUCCAUGUUAACCUGCUAAAAGACACAUAUUCACAUUAAUAUUAUUAUGUUGAGCCGUUACUGUAUGCUUCCUGAAACUAUAAAACUUGUUUUGAAUGAGAAAAAACUCUGUAAUGGUUUGUUUUUUGGACAAAAUGAGGAUUAUGUUUGUUAUUACAUAUUUAUGACAUCCAUCUCCUAUUCUAAACGUGAAAAAAUCAUAAACCUAUAUAUCAUUGGAAAGCUUUUGGAAUGUAGUUUUUAUUAUCAAAGCCAUUUAAUAAUAGAAAUUAUGUGGUUACAGUCUUGUUAAAUGUCGCUGAACCCACAUAAAUGCGUUAUAUAUAAUUAUUAUAUAUUCAUAACAUAAUAUCCUAUUAUAAAUCUUGACAGACUGUAUAUCACUGAAAAGCUCUAAGAGUGUAGUUUCAUAUUUGAAAAUAUUUUGCACAAGUUAUAAUGAAGUGACAGUAAUGUAUCAAUUUGUGACAAGAGUAUGCAACAAACCAAUGACACCUAGUGGCCGUUGUUUGUAAAUCUACUACAGUUUUUAUGAUUUUAACUUGAAUUUUGGAACAAAAAUAGUUGAGACUUAUGGCUUUAUUUUUUUAGCAUUUCUUGUGUAAAACUUAAAUUAUGUAUUUUAUAUUUUAUAUGAAAUAUACUUUACAUCGUUUAUUUUGUUUCUUAAAACAAAACUAUAACUAUAUUCAUUUUAGUAAAAAACUUUUAUGAGUCGUCUUUAAAACGAGACCAAGGUUACGUUUAUCGAUAAUUUGAAGGUGCUGCACAUUAACUUUUCACACACACACCCCCAUUCAAAAAGUGUGAUAUUCAAAGAUUUAAACAUUUUAUUUAAAAGCGGAGUGCACGAUUUCUGAAAAACGCUUUGGAAAAGAGAGUCGGGCUGACUACCAAAACACACUUUUAGCCAAAUGGCAAUAAUGGGCGUGUCUACUAACAGUCACUGUUGCGUAUGUGUGGGGCGGAUCUAUCAAAAGAAGGUUCAGAUUCUAUUUGGGUAGGGGCUGGAUGAUUUUAAGGGCCCAGGCACUUUGGAAGCCACCAGAGAUAAUUUUAUUAGUAACAGUGAUAGUAGUAAUGUUAUAGAAAUUUUAAAUGUAUCUACCAAAGAGUUAAACCAGUAAAACAAAGUUAUGACUUGUUUCAGCAUUUUUGGCAAUAUUACCCCCCAUGCCCCCAUUCACUGCAUGGUUUUGUCCAGUCGUAUGUAGCCUCAAGACUAGAGUCAGUCAGUUACUGGAUAUCAGUAACUAAAGGGAGGCUACAGAGGUCAGAGAGCAAGAAAAUAGGCGGACAAUUAUUCCAGUAUUUUUUUAAAGAAAUGUGAAUAUAUAAUUUAAUCACAGAGCUUCCUUCUUUCCGUUAUAGCCAACCGCUACCUGAUGGUCAAUAGGUUACGUUUAUCACCACUGAAAAUGAUAUGAAUGUAAUUUUUGUCCAGAUAUAGAUCUUGAAUUUGUAGACACUUGCCAGUAUUCUCCUGUUAGCAAACUGUGCUAGCGGACGUUUUGCUAACUACCACUGGAUGCUAGCAGACUCAUACACAUGCAAGGCUCUCUUUCACCUGCUCUUUCACAGGAAGUUUUCCAACUAUUUUUCCAAACCAGACUAAAGUCUCAAAUCUAUUUGUGAGAUAAAGAGCAUCACAGUUUGAUUUCAAGCAUUUAUUUCACUACAAUUUCAAUCAUACUCAGUCGAUAUUAGACAUAUUAAGUGUAUAUUUAUACAGAAUGUUCUUUACAUUAUGUAGAAUAUUUUAGGUAGAAAACAAAUUAAUUCUUUAGCUGGUUUUUAUUAUUUUUUUAAAGUUGACAAAAGGGUAACUUCUUAAAAUGGUGAUGGUGUUUAAAAUGUUAAAGAAAAAUGUUCCAAAGUACCUGUCUACUAUAGGCAAAUAGCAAUGAUAUUUGUCCUUACGGGUUUAAAAAUGUAAUGGGUAAAAAUUCAUUUUAAUGUACUGGUGCAGUAGGAAUAAAUCUGAAUAAAUUUUCUAGUCAGAUACACUUUAAAAAAAUACUUUGCUGCCUUAAAAUGUUUGGUUGAAUUAACUCGGAUUUACAAGUCAUUUCAACUUACUAUUAUUUAUCUUGACUAGAGAUGAAUUGUUAUAACUACAGGUGAGUUGUUAUAACUUAUAAAAUAUAGUUGAGAAAAGUCAACUUAAUUUUAUAAGUUGUGACAACUCAUUUCUGUUGACAUGACUUGUAAAUCGGAGUUGAUUUAACAAAGAAUUUGAAGGCAGCAAAUAUUUUUUACAGUGUAAAGCACAAGAAACCAUUUUUAGAAGGGAAGUUAAUAAAAAUUACUUUAUUAAGUGAUUUUUAGGUGUUUUAUAGUGUUGCUGGAUUGGAUGUGAUUGCACCCUAGUUAUGAUUUGUUAUUAUAUUGAUAUUUAUUUUUAUUUCAAGGACCACAAUAGAAAUAAGCUAAUGGAAAGAAAAAAUAAAUAAACUAAUGGCUUUUUUGUGUGUAUAUCA